AAUUCCGUUUCUAUUGUGUGCAUAUCGCGUCGACGUACAGGUUAAUUGCUUUAUCCGUCGGUCUGUGUCUCCUGAUUAUCCAAGAGUAUUCCAGUUGUACAAAAAAAAUCAUGCAUUUUCAAGUAAACAUUCAAUCGGAUAAGAUUCUUCAGCGAAUUAAAAAAUGGGAAAGUUAAUUGUAACUCUGACAUACUUGAUGGCGUGUUUAGGAUUACACUUAAUUAUAUGCGAUAAUUACUGUGAAAUUAAUUCACGACAGUUGCCAUACUACAAAUUAAUGAAAUCUAACGCCCGUUCGAAUCAGUUAAUACUCUCAAGGAAAACGGUGCGAAAUGUGAACGAGUGCAGGAAGUUCGCUUCGGUGAAGAAAGCUUUGGCAUUUAAUUAUGGUUUAGACGAUGACUAUGAAUUGAAUAUUGGCGUUCAGAAUAAAAGUAAAACAACGAGGAAAAUAUGCCAAGCGCUUCAAUGUCCUGAGAUUUACAAUUUUACUACGCUUGUGAAGGAUAAGAAUUAUAAAUAUUACAGCACAUAUCCCAGCUUCAUACCAACUGGUUCUAGCUUCACACUGGUUUGCGUUCCUAGGACAGGGAUAUUUGUAUUUUCGAGCGACAACUUGAAUUACAGCCAAGCACGAACAGCUUGCCAAAAAAUAAAUGCAUCGCUGGCUCACAUAAUCAGCGAGGAACGUACUAACGGGCUUGCAAAAUACAUUUCGCCAAACACACCUACUUUUGUCGGACUCAGUAACCGUAGGAAUGAAAAAUUUUGGAUGAACGAAUUUGAGGAACCACUUUUAUGUUUUAAUUAUCGAGCAUGGGGAAGGGGACAACCAUCGCAUUCAAAAGGAUGUGUCACUCUGGUACAACCACCUCAAUUACAACUUGGACCUUUUUGGAAAGUUGUUCCUUGCGGUAGUGUGUUAUCUUUUAUCUGUGAAAUUUCACCGAUCUAUUCAUAUUUGCAUAGCUAGAAACGUUGAAAUUUACAAGCAAAUAUAUUAAUAGGUAGCAGUUUUAACUACACAAAAUUAUGUGUGAAAAGCUAAAAUAAAAUAAUAUAUUAUGCUUUAAAUGCUUUUAAUACACACAUUCGAAUGUACUACUUAUUAAAGAAUACUCGAAAUAAAUAUUUUUUGAUCAGAAAAUAAAAUGUUAAUUAUUAAGUUACUUAGAACUUGUAACAUUCCGAUAUUAAUAUAACUGUGAGUAUAAAAUGUACAAAAGAGAAAGCAAUGAGUUGUACUAUUUUGUUGUUGAAAUCAUAUCAAAUGAAAAGGACAAGUUGAUGCAUUAAAAACACAAAUACUAAUUAUAUACAUAAGUUUAAUAUGUGGUUACAAGUAUGGUACUCAUUACUAGCAGAAAAAAGUUUUUCCUAACAAAUUAUUUACAUUUGAAUUGCUCUGAAAAUGAUCGACACGAAAGAAAAAAUAUAAUUCUCAUUCAUUGUUGAUUAUAUACACGUAUACAAUUUUAGGAUUAUGCCUUUAAAAAUUGUGCUUCUUUCAAUUAUUUACUUAUUAUCUAUCACAUGCUUUCUAAGCUGAUUACUUAAGACUUAAAACCAACCAUUAAGAUGUAUUGAUACUUUAUUUGUGGUUUUAAUAGGGUUCGGAAAUAAUAUAUAUACAUGUGUAUAUGUAUGUAUAUAUAUAUAUAUAUAUAUAUAUAUA